AUGUCAUCGAAGCAGGUACAAAGAUGCCUGAUCGAUGUAUUGAGGUUGAAUGAGGAUGGAAACAAUGAUUGGUCAAAGGGCCAUUUGAAAAAGAUGCUUAGUGCUACUUCUACAUUAUAUAAUGCAUCUUUGGGAAAAGUUAUGUUGAAGCAAGAUGAAGAAACCGCUAGGUGCCAUAUUUGUGCAUUCAUUGCUGCUGAGCGUUUGAUGGAUAAAUAUGACGUGGAUCUGACCUGUAGUGUUGAUAAAGUUCCUAUGCAACCUAAAAAAUUUAAAGGUUUUAUCGAGCUAUUCAAACAGAAUAUUUUCCAAACUUCUCCGGUCAAACAAUUUAAUUGGACUCCAAGUCCUAAGAAGAGACCCAGAUCCCCAGUGAAAAGUUCAAAUAAGUUUACUUCGACAAACCCAGAAGAUUUAAGAAAAGUUCUGUUUAAUACACCAACCAAGAGGAAAAAUGGAGCAAGCCCAAUAAAGGAACAAGUUUUUGAGACUCCAAACAGUUCACCAGGAAAAAAUGCUAGUCCAAGAGUUAGAAGAAAACUAGCAUUCGAAGAAGAUGUGGAGAAUGAUGAAAUGAAUUUAUCACCUGUUAAAAACAGUCCAUCUCCUAAGAAAAUGAAAACUUUAUCCAAUUUAGCUAAAGUCUCCAAUGAUAAAGCUCAGGAUAAUGAUGACUAUCAAGAGAGUGAAUCAAAUUCUUCAUCUGAUGAAGAUCUAGAGCCCUUAGACGAAAGUGAGGAGGAUCUCAGCGAUUUAGAAGCAAAGUCUAGACGAAGAUCAUCAACUAAAGGUACAAGAAGUGAUCAACGAGGAAAAAAAUCAAGAAGUAGAAGUAAUGUAACAAAUUUGCUACGAAAAAGACAUUUUAAGAUUAAAAUCGAAGGAAUCAUCAAUUUGUGCAAUGAAUUUGAACUACCUGAAGAGGUUGCCUAUUCGGUUCUGGAUGAAUUUACUGCGUUAUCAUCAUAUUUGGUUUGUCCUUGGCAAUUAGCAUGUGGACUAGUAUUGAAUUGUGUCUUUGUUGUAUACAAUGAAAAAAGACGUAAAGAUCCAAGAUUAGAUCACUUAAUUUUAGAGAAAAUGUGCAUUUUAAUGAAAACAGUCAAAGUCAACGAGGUAAUGGAAUCAAUGACGAUAGUUAAAGAGUUAAUUGAAGGUGAAAAAUGGUUCCGUGAAUUACAAAUUAAAUAUGAUUAUUUUGAUGGUGCGAAUUAUGAAGAAUCGAUAUCUGCUAAAUUAGGUUCAAUGUUACAAUCAAACAAUAUUUUGGUCUCUGAUGAUCAAUAUAAUACUUGGUUGAAAAAAAUAAAACAGGAUUUAUCACUAAUCCAAAACAAUUGA